AUGACUGGGAAGCCCGUGCUUCACUACUUCAAUGGAAGAGGCAGAAUGGAGUCCAUCCGGUGGCUCUUGGCUGCAGCUGGAGUGGAGUUUGAAGAAGAACUUUUUGAAACGCGUGAAGAAUUUGAGAAGUUAAUCCAAGGUGGAGCCCUGAUGUAUGAACAAGUGCCCAUGGUUGAAAUCGAUGGAAUGAAUAUGGUGCAAACGAGAGCCAUCUUAAGAUACAUAGCUGCAAAGUACGACUUGUAUGGAAGAAACCUCCAAGAACAGGCCUGGAUUGAUAUGUAUGUAGAAGGCUUGAGGGACCUGAGUGACAUGAUUAUGUACUUUCCGCUCUCUCUGCCAGAAGAGAAGGAGAUAAAUCUUGAAUACAUCCUCCAACGAGCCACGACAAGAUUCUUCCCUGUUUAUGAGAAGGCCCUAAGAGACCACCAGCAAGAUUUUCUUGUGGGCAAUCGGCUGAGCUGGGCGGAUGUGCAGCUCCUCGAAGUCAUCUUAAUGGUUGAAGAGUGCAAGGCGGGUGCUCUGGCAGGCUUCCCUCUGCUACAGGAAUUCAAGGUCAGAACCAGCCAAAUCCCUACAAUUAACAGAUUUCUUCAACCUGGAAGCCAGAGGAAGCCUCCUUUGGAUGAUGAAUCCAUUGGGACUGCGAAGAACAUAUUCAAAUUUGAACAAGGCAUGUUUCUUAAAAACAUGAGCACUAUAGUAGCUGAGUACUAACAGACACA